UUUCUGAACAUAAGAGCUGGCGACAAAUCCGAGGGUAACUUCGGCAUUUGGGACCAAGCGAUGGCUCUUCAAUGGAUCCAAUCUAAUAUCAAGCAGUUUGGAGGAGACCCGAAUAGAGUUACCUUAAUGGGAGAAUCAGCAGGAGGAGCUGCGGCUAGUUUGCUGGCGCUUAGUCCCAAAACUCAAGGUUUCUAUAUUAUACUUAACAGUCUCGCUCAGCAAGCGAUUAUAAUGAGCGGGUCAGCUACAGCUGGCUGGGCGAUUCACAGACACGGAACUCCAGCAUGGAACUUGGAGAACCUGAUUAGCUAUUUGAGGUGUCAAAAGUUGAUAAGUGGCGACUAUACAUAUGAAGUAAUAGGUGACGAAUACACCCCAGAGGAUUUGGCGCAAAAGAAAUGUAACUAUCAAACGGAACUCGUCUCAUGUUUGAAUGUAAGCUCUGAAUAUUCUUGGCUCAAGUGGCUGCUGCCAUGA